CGUCACAGCCGGCUUCCCCGCGCAGCCACGGACUGCACUCCCGCCACGCCGGCAAGGGCUCCAGCUGGGCGGAGCGGGCCUUCCUCGCUCCGGGAUCCCUCUCCCCCUGUGUGCGCCCCGAGGCCUCCCCUUCCUGCGCCACCACGACCGCAGCCGCCCGUCGCGGUGGUCGGGGCGCUCCGCGGAGACCAGGCCCCGGCCGGCAGCGCCGCGCGCUUCCAGGCACAGCUCCGGAUGCCAAGUUCACCAGGACCCCGGCUGAGAUUAGAGAGGCCUGGCGAGGUGUUGAGGGGCGCAGGGAGCAAGGGAUGUGGUCGCCAUGGUGCGUGUUGGUCUUGUGGAGAUGGAUGUUCCUCCGGGUCAAUCUCUGCCUUCUCGGGGUCGUCCUCAGUGUCGCUGCUGAAGAGGCCUCCGUCCUCCCGGUCCUUGCUGUGCGCGCCCCACGUCACCGCGUUCUUCUUGAUGGGCCGGCGGGCGUUGGCGAAGGUGGUGGGGACUAUCGUGAGGGUCAUCAUGGGCAGGGAAGGGCGCGCAGCAGUGGCCUCAAGCCCUGGGUCUUCUCCUUCCUGAAUUUGGAAAGCCAGGCGAAGGCCCUCGUGCUCUCCCAGAGAGCUGCGCUCCACCCGCGGGCCUGCCUGCGCGUGGGGAGAGCGGGGAGGCGGGGACAGGAGACCUGAGCCCCUGGGCGCCCCUCCUACCUGUCCCCCUGUCCCAACACUAGACCUCUUCAGAUUCCUCGCCGAGAGAGGCCUCGUCCCAAGGCCGGAUGCGCCGCGCAGCGGUGAAAGCCGCCCUCGCAGCCUGCAGGCGACCAAUGGGUGCCGUUGGCUUUCGCGCCGGGGAGGGGACAGGCGUGGGGGCACUGGCGGCGGCGGAGCGCAGCGGGGAAGCUGUGGGGGUCGUGCGGUGGUUAUGGCGGGGGCUCCAUCCGCCAGCCCUGGGCUCUGGGCGAGCUGAGGAGACCGGAGUUUUUCCCCAGCAGAGAGCCGCGCAGGCCGGCGACCUCUCCCCAAGGCUCUACUGCUGGGACCGCGCCCGCGGCGCCGCUCCCGUCCCCCUUCAGCGCAGUCUGCGCCUCUUGCUGGGUCUCGCCAGCUCGCAGUGCGCGUUUAUGCUGCGGUAAACGCAUUGAAGGAACGCACAGCUUACCUAAUACGGUUUUGAACUAAUUUUCGGUAUGCCAGCUGGGGUGUGCUUUGACCAAUUCUGAUCCUGUUUCCAGAGAACACAGCUGCUUAGACAAUCUGUUAUCUUCGCGUCCUGUCUUCCUUUGGACACCAGAACAUCCUAGAGAUCAGGGGCCUCUCCCAUGCCCUGGAACCAUCCUCUCACGGUGCUGCUCUUCACUGGUGCCAACAACAGAGCUCCCGCAGGCAGGCCUGGAUCAGUGGGGACUGGGGCCCUGAAGUGAGAUGGAGCAAGGCAGAGCGGCCCUUGGGAGAGGGGCAUGGCGCGGCCCUGUGCUUUAGACUUGGCACCCUAUGGCUUGAGGAGGUGACACUGUGUCGACGUGUGUGUGAAGGGAAGACGGCUGAAGGUACAUGCGGUCUCCCGGACGUCACAAACUCCGCGGACGCGGCUCACACCCGCGCGCACGCGCAGCAGGGGUCUUAGCCACACCGGCGUACGGCGGGGCACGGCGGGGCACGGGCCCUGCCGCAAACGGGCGCGCUCCCUUCUGGGCAAGCAGGUGCGAGGCGCGCGCCAUGGAACAGCCCUUAGCUGAGUUUCGGUUUGCGCGCAAACGGCCGGCCUGGCGGCCCAACACAGCAUUUCCAGCCAGGGCACACAAACCUCGGGAGAGAAGGUGGAAGCCGCAGCGGCUCUAAGGGCAGCCCCAGGCUGGCUAAAGCGGUUCCUGGUACGGAAACCGAGGCCCCAGUGCUGGGGCCCUACCCCGCCUGGUUCAGGCCUAUCAUACUCGUCCUUCUCCUUCCUGGGAAAUUGCUGAUGGUUCAAGUAAAGACUCUGAAGCAGUCUCAGGGAUAUACUGCUUGGUAGUAAAAGUCAAGUCUUCAUCAUCUAGUUUAUGACAUGAAUCAACACACAGUUCUUUGAAAAUACUGAAUGCAGAUUCGUCAGAACUCCCUGAAUCUUCUGCACUUGCUCCUCCUUUUUUCAAACUUGCAUUCUUUGAUGGUUCUGGAUUGUCAUUUUGAAGACCAUUUUCAAGUAUCUUUUUUUUUAUGUUGCAAAAUUUGUUGUUGAAUGCUAGUCAAAACACCAGAAAUAGCAUAAUUGUUUGCUGUCUGUCCAUACAUAUCUUGAAUAAAGACAGUAAUAUUUUGUUGAAGAAUGCCUACUAUACCUAACGAGCCAUAAUGUACAGCAGGCGUGAAGGCUGUUCCUCUCAACCUAUCAACAGCAUGUACAUUUGCCUGUUUCUUCACUAAAAAUUCCAGCAUUUGCUGUCUUUUGCAAACUGCGGCAAGUAAAAGUGGUGUGUUUCCAUCAUUGUUCAGCACUUCAAUAUCCGUGUCACGGGAAAGUAGUUUUUCUACCAAGAAUGUACUCUCAUUAUAGGACAGCAUAGUGGAGAGCAGAGUUGCUGUAGACAUUCACGUUCCAGCAGAAUGAUGCCACAAAUCUCUUCCUGGCAAUGUACAGCGUCCUCAAAGGCAUCCCAUUUUGUUUAUCACCAAUGUCAAUGUGGCAUUUUCAGUUCACCAGGAGAGUCCCCACUUCCACAUGGCCAUUGGCACAGGCCACAUGUACAGCAGCCCUGUCCAUCCACAGCUGAAGGGAUAGAGAAACUGCCAUACAGAUACACACAGAAUAUGCUUCAGCCAUAAAGCUUCGGGAAAUCCUGUCAUCCACAGCCACAUGGAGAAACCCAGAGGACAUUAGCUCCAAGAAAAUGAGCCUGGUGGAGCAAGUCCCACUCUGCAUGAUCUCAGGCAUGUGGACUCCAAAAAGCUUUAUCUCCUGCCCAUCCACAGAUGAAGGGAUCAAGAAACUCUAAUAUAUAUACACAAAGGAAUGUUCUUUGGCCAUCAAGAUAAUUAAAGGAUGUCAUUUGGAGGAACACAGAUGGCCCGCCGAGGCUGUGGCUGCCUCAUCCUGCACUGUGGAUGGAAGCCGCUGAUCCUACAGGAGGUGGAGCUCAGGUGGUAAUGCUCGCUCCUACUGUGCCGCCAGGUUCUUAACAGGCCAGGGACAAUAUUGGUCCAGGGAUGAGGGACCCCUGCUCCAGAUGACAGCCAGAGUAGUCUUAAAUGUGCUGGCCUCCAGUGAUUGGUCGCUGCCGCGAGGGCCGCCGGGACACGCACUCGGCGGUUGUUCCAGAAGAAAGAGACAGCGAUGGCGGCAGAGGCUUCGAAGACUGGGCCUUCCCGGUCUUCCUACCAGCGGAUGGGGAGGAAGAGUCAGCCCUGGGGUGCCGCUGAAAUCCAGUGCACCAGGUCAGCAUUGUGAACUUCAAUAUGGACAUGCUUUUUGUGAACUAUGCUUGUUAAUGACUGAAGAAUGCACCACAAUUAUAUGCCCUGAUGGUGAGGUUGCUACAGCCGUAAAUACUAGACAACACUACUACCCAAUGGCUGGAUAUGUUAAAGAAGACUCCGUAAUGGAAAAACUGCAGCCUAAGACGAUAAAGAAUUGUUCUCAGGACUUUAAGAAGACUGAUCAGCUAACUACUGGUUUAGAAUGUUCAGCCUCCACGCACAGGACUGUUUUGAACUCAUCAGCUGUAAUGUUGGUCACUAAUACUGCAGAAGAAAUUGAUGAAGCAUUGAAUACAGCACACCAUAAUUUUGAACAAUUAAGCAUUGCUGGAAAAGCACUUGAACACAUGCAGAAGCAAACGAUAGAGGAGAGAGAAAGAGUUAUAGAAGUUGUGGAGAAACAGUUUGACCAACUUUUGGCUUUUUUUGAUUCCAGGAAACAGAACCUGUGUGAAGAAUUUGCAAGAACUACUGAUGAUUAUCUAUCAAAUUUAAUAAAGGCUAAAAGCUACAUUGAAGAGAAAAAAAAUAAUUUGAAUGCAGCUAUGAACAUAGCAAGAGCAUUACAAUUAUCACCUUCUCUAAGAACAUACUGUGACCUGAAUCAGAUUAUCCGGACUUUGCAGUUAACUUCAGAUAGUGAAUUAGCACAAGUUAGUUCUCCACAACUAAGGUACCCUCCCAGGUUGAGUGUGAAUUGCAGUGAGAUCAUCUGUAUGUUCAACAAUAUGGGAAAGAUUGAAUUUGGGGACUCAACAAAAUGUUAUCCCCAAGAAAAUGAAAUUAGACAGAAUGUUCAAAAGAAAUAUAAUAACAAAAAGGGACUUUCUUGUUACGAUACAUACCCACCACUAGAAAAGAAAAAGGUUGACAUGUCUGUCCUAACCAGUGAAGCACCACCACCUCCUUUGCAACCUGAGACAAAUGAUACACAUUUAGAAGCAAAAAACUUCCAGCCACAGAAAGACGUUGUUGCAACAGCAUCCCCUAAAACCAUUGCUGUGUUACCUCAGAUGGGAUCUAGCCCUGAUGUGAUAAUUGAAGAAAUUAUUGAAGACAACAUGGAAAAUGAUCCUGGGGAGACACCUAGAUAUCCAAAAAAGCCUCUUCAGAAAAACUCAUCUGUUCCUUUUGGAUCAAAAGCAGGUUCUGCAGAGCUAGUUUUUGUAAGCCAUGUAAUAGAUCCUUGCCAUUUCUACAUUCGGAAGUAUUCAAAAAUAAAAGAUGCCAAAGUACUGGAGAAGAAGGUGAAUGAAUUUUGCAGUAGGAGUUCACACCUUGAUCCUUCAGACAUUGUGGAACUAGGUGCAAGAGUAUUUGUCAACAGUAUUAAAAAUGGAAUGUGGUGUCGAGGAACUAUCACAGAAUUAAUUCCAAUAGAGGGUAAAAAUAUUAGAAAACCUUGUAGUCCAACCAGAUUAUUUGUCCAUGAAGUUGCACUAAUACAAAUAUUCAUGGUAGAUUUUGGAAAUUCUGAAGUCCUGAUUGUCUCAGGAAUUGUUGAUACCCAUGUGAGACCAGAACAAUCUGCUAAGCAACAUAUCGCACUAAAUGAUUUAUGUCUGGUUCUAAGGAAAUCUGAACCAUAUAUUGAAGCGCUGCUAAAAGACAUCCAGCCGUUAGCACAACCAUGCUCAUUGAAAGACAUUGUUCCACAGAAUUCAAAUGAAGGCUGGGAAGAGGAAGCUAAAGUGGAAUUUUUGAAAAUGGUAAAUAACAAGGCUGUUUCAAUGCAAGUUUUUAGAGAAGAAGAUGGUGUGCUUAUUGUAGAUCUGCAAAAACCACCACCGAAUAAAAUAAGCAGUGAUAUGCCUGUGUCUCUUAGAGAUGCGCUGGUUUUUAUGGAACUAGCAAAGUUUAAGUCACAAUCACUAAGAAGUCACUUUGAAAAAAAUACUACUUUACACUAUCAUCCACCUAUUUUGCCUAAAGAAAUGACAGAUGUUUCAGUAACGGUUUGUCAUAUAAAUAGUCCUGGAGAUUUCUAUCUUCAGUUGAUAGAGGGCCUGGAUUUUGUAUUUCUAGUAAAGACAAUCGAGGAAUUCUAUAAAAGUGAAGACGGAGAAAAUCUGGAAAUCCUCUGUCCAGUUCAAGAUCAAGCCUGUGUAGCUAAAUUUGAAGACGGACUUUGGUACCGAGCAAAAGUUAUCGGAUUGCCUGGACAUCAGGAAGUUGAAGUUAGAUAUGUGGACUUUGGUAAUACUGCAAAAAUAACAAUUAAAGACGUGCGUAAGAUAAAGGAUGAGUUUCUGAAUCCCCCAGAGAAGGCAAUUAAAUGUAAGUUGGCCUAUAUUGAACCAUAUAAAAGGACAAUGCAGUGGUCCAAAGAAGCUAAAGAAAAAUUUGAAGAAAAGGCUCAAGAUAAAUUUAUGACAUGUUCAGUUAUCAAAAUCCUGGAAGAUAAUGUGCUCUUAGUUGAGCUUUUCGAUUCUCUUGGUGCUCCUGAAAUGACUACUACUAGUAUUAAUGACCAGCUUGUCAAAGAGGGCCUAGCAUCUUAUGAAAUAGGAUACAUCCUCAAAGAUAAUUCUCAAAAGCAUAUUGAAGUUUGGGAUCCUUCUCCAGAAGAAAUUAUUUCAAAUGAAGUACACAACUUAAAUCCUGUGUGUGCAAAAUCUCUACCUAAUGAGAAUUUUCAGUCACUUUAUAAUAAGGAAUUGCCUGUGCAUAUCUGUAAUGUAAUAUCUCCUGAGAAGAUUUAUGUUCAGUGGUUGUUAACUGAAAACUUACUUAAUAGUUUAGAAGAAAAGAUGAUAGCUGCUUAUGAAAACUCAAAAUGGGAACCUGUUAAAUGGGAAAAUGAUAUGCACUGUGCUGUUAAGAUCCAAGAUAAAAAUCAGUGGCGAAGAGGCCAGAUCAUCAGAAUGGUUACAGACACAUUGGUAGAGGUCUUGCUGUAUGAUGUGGGUGUUGAACUAGUAGUGAAUGUUGACUGUUUAAGAAAACUUCAAGAAAAUCUAAAGACAAUGGGAAGACUCUCUUUGGAAUGUUCUCUGGUUGACAUAAGACCAGCUGGUGGGAGUGACAAGUGGACAGCCACAGCUUGUGACUGUCUUUCAUUGUACCUGACUGGAGCUGUAGCAACUAUAAUCUUACAGGUGGAUAGUGAGGAAAACCACACAACAUGGCCAUUACCUGUGAAAAUUUUCUGCAGAGAUGAAAAAGGAGAGCGUGUUGAUGUUUCUAAAUAUUUGAUUAAAAAGGGUUUGGCUUUGAGAGAAAGGAGAAUUAAUAAAUUAGAUAACAGCCAUUCAUUAUCUGAGAAGUCUCUGGAAGUCCCCCUGGAACAGGAAGAUUCAGUAGUUACUAACUGUAUCAAAACUAACUUUGACCCUGACAAGAAAACUGCUGACAUAAUCAGUGAACGGAAAGUGUCUGAAUUUCAGGAGAAAAUUCUAGAACCAAGAACCACUAGAGGGUAUAAACCACCAGCUAUUCCUAACAUGAAAGCAUUUGAGGCAACAGUCAGCUGUGUUGGUGAUGAUGGAACUAUAUUUGUAGUACCUAAACUAUCAGAAUUUGAGCUAAUAAAAAUGACAAAUGAAAUUCAAAGUAAUUUAAAAUGCCUUGGUCUUUUGGAGCCUUAUUUCUGGAAAAAAGGAGAAGCAUGUGCAAUAAGAGGAUCCGAUACUCUGUGGUAUCGCGGCAAGGUGAUGGAAGUUGUAGGUGGCGCCGUCAGAGUACAAUAUUUAGAUCAUGGAUUCACUGAAAAGAUUCCGCAGUGCCAUCUUUACCCUAUUUUGCUGUAUCCUGAUAUACCCCAGUUUUGUAUUCCUUGUCAGCUCCAUAAUACCACACCUGUUGGGAAUGUCUGGCAACCAGAUGCAAUAGAAGUUCUUCAACAACUGCUUUCAAAGAGAGAGGUGGACAUUCACAUUAUGGAAUUACCUAAAAAUCCAUGGGAGAAAUUGUCUAUUCACCUCUAUUUUGAUGGAAUGUCACUUUCUUAUUUUAUGGCAUACUAUAAAUACUGUACUUCUGAACAUACUGAGGAGAUGUUGAAAGAAAAACCAAGAUCAGAUCAUGAUAAAAAGUAUGAAGAGGAACAAUGGAAAAUAAGGUUUGACGAAUUGCUUUCGGCUGAAACAGACACUCCUCUUUUACCACCGUAUUUGUCUUCAUCUCUGCCUUCCCCAGGAGAACUCUAUGCUGUUCAAGUUAAGCACAUUGUCUCACCUAAUGAAGUGUAUAUUUGCCUUGAUUCUAUAGAAACUUGUAACCAGCAUAGUGACACAGAUGAUAGUGGAGUCGGCAGGGAAUCAGAAUCCGAGAGCCUUGAUGAAGCACUGCAGAGGGUUAAUAAGAAGGUAGAGGCGCUUCUUCCUCUGACGGAUUUUAGAACAGAAAUGCCUUGCCUUGCAGAAUAUGAUGAUGGCUUAUGGUAUAGAGCGAAGAUUGUUGCCAUUAAAGAAUUUAAUCCUUUAUGUAUCUUAGUACAAUUUGUUGAUUAUGGAUCAACUGCAAAGCUGACAUUAAACAGACUGUGCCAAAUUCCUUCUCAUCUUAUGCGGUAUCCAGCUCGAGCCAUAAAGGUUCUCUUGGCAGGGUUUAAACCUCCCUUAAGGGAUCUAGGGGAGACAAGAAUACCAUAUUGUCCCAAAUGGAGCAUGGAGGCACUGUGGGCUAUGAUAGACUGUCUUCAAGGAAAACAACUUUAUGCUGUGUCCAUGGCUCCAGCACCAGAACAGAUAGUGACAUUAUAUGAUGAUGAACAGCAUCCAGUUCAUAUGCCAUUAGUAGAAAUGGGGCUUGCAGAUAAAGAUGAGUAACUGCCUAAGUGUAUACAGUGCAGAGCAUCUAUAGAAGCCUAGAAGAAUUCUGUUAUGUUUAGACUAUGUCUUAUCUUUAGACUAUUUCAGGCUUAAUUUUCCUAACUUGUUCAGCACUAGUGCUUUACCUCUCAUUUUUAAUUGAACUGUUAGGAAUUGUGUGGAAAAAAGAGUUAAUAAAUGUUCGCUUCCAAA